UGAAAAUCAAUUCAGUUCAGUGAAUUUAUUCUAUUUCUGUUCUUGGUUAAGAGCUACAGUUGUCCAUCAUGAAAUGGAAAUUGAUAUUUUGCUCAGCAGUCUUCUUGCAUCUACUAAUCAGCGUUCUGGGUACUUCAUCCAAAACAGUUCCCGUGAAAGUUGACGACGAUCUGUCCAACACAAUUAGUCGCAUACAACCAAAUUUUGGCGCCUACCUCAAGAGAGCUUUCACCAAUGCCCACAUCAGCCGGAAUGACGUCAACGAGGGAAUGCCUCAUGUUAUUAUCGAUAAGACAUUCUUCCAAGAUAACUCCAGUGACGUGAUGAUUAAAAACCUCCGUACCAUAAAGAGUGAAUUCCCAAGACUGACAUCCAUCAAGGCUGAUAUGCUGCAGGAUAUCCUCGUCCUGUCAGUAGACUUUGGAGCUCUCUCCUUGGACUGCGAGUAUGAGAUAAUCAACCGCGAUGUGAUGAGUCUCCUGCCAGUGUCCAGCGUUGGACUCCUCAAUGCCACAAUCGAUAGCACGAAAGCCCAGGGACGAGUAGGCUACAGGAUCAUGGGAGAUUCACUGCAAGCGAUAAAUUUCGACGUUGAAUACAAAAUCGGACAAAUUCAUCUCGAUGCCACUUACUCAAGGUCCGGACAGAAGAUGCACAGUCAGAGCACGAGAUCAUCCAUUGAUGACACAAUUUUCAAGGGAGUUCGAAGGGAUAUGGAGAGGUACUUCGAGAAACAACUGAAGGAUCACCUCAACUAUCUACUCGAAGAUGUAUCCCUGAAUCAGUUAUUUAACGAGGAUAAUGAUUUAAUCAGGAAAUUUGUUGUGAGAGGACAGACCCGAACGGGCAUGGCAAAUGAACUUGUGGAUCUUUUCCUAGACCAAAUUCGCAGAAUGAUCUAUCAGCAAGGCUUCUCAGAGAUUAAGCUUGAUGACUUUAAGAAGUCAUUCUUCUGGGUUAUAAUCUGGGGUGCCUUCGAAGCCAAAGAAGGAUCUGCACGCAAUUUGUCCACAAUCUAUAGAACCGGGGACUUUUCUCUCCAUCAAGAAGAGACAACAGUGACGAUUUUUGGUUCUCUUGGACUUGAAGAAUUAUCUUGCAAUUACAAUCAAUAUUGGGCCCAUCUUUGGGGCAUUGGACCAUCAGGAAAAAUUGCUGUGACUACAGGAAAAAAUUCAGUAAAGUUCAAAAUCGUAAGCGAUGGAUGGAUUACGAGUUUGGACGAUAUUUGCAAAAUUAUCGAUCUUGACUUCCAAGUGGAAAGAAUUGAGAAAAUCCAUGUGGAUAUCACAGGAUUGGGUAUUUUUAAACCUUGCAUCCUCAAUAAUUCUGGUUUAUUGCACUCCUCAAUGGUCCUGUUGUGCAAUUUGUGGAAGAUACCGUAAAGCAGGAAAUUAAUCAAUAUCUCUCACUUUGCGGCUCGAAAAGGCAUCCCUAAAAAUGAUAUUAAAUCUGAAGCAAACUUUUAAAUUCAUUUCUAUGAAACAAUAAACGCUUACAUUAAUGCAAUAAA